UCUCUUCUCCUUUCACUAUCCUUACCUUUACUUCACACUCUAUUUGGGAGUUUAGUGUCAGACAGAACUCCUCAGUCUAAAGUACAAAACCCAUAACUUGGUCAUUUGGGUUUGUAGUGUUAACAAGUAAAACACACCAUUUGUUCAAACACUUUGAGAACUUCAUUUUAAGCUCUCUAACCUAGUAAGAAAAAUCUUGUGUGUUUUGCUCUGUUCUGAUUACAAAGAUGGGUGAUAAUGCUGCUGCAAAGAACCAACACCACCACCACAACCAAGUAUUUGACAUCUCCAUUGAUGUGCUUCCUCAAAAUGACUCCAAAUGCUUCGAUGACGAUGGCCGUCUCAAACGAACUGGGACCAUAUGGACUGCUAGUGCUCACAUAAUAACAGCUGUGAUUGGAUCUGGAGUGCUCUCCUUAGCAUGGGCAAUUGCUCAGUUGGGAUGGAUUGCUGGCCCUGCUGUGAUGAUUUUAUUCUCCCUAGUCAGCUUCUACACCUCUUCUCUCCUCUCUGAUUGUUAUCGAACAGGCGACACAGUUUCAGGCAAGCGAAACUACACUUACAUGGAUGCUGUCCGGUCCAUUCUUGGUGGAGCUAAGUACAAGGCAUGUGGACUAAUUCAGUACCUUAAUCUUUUUGGUAUUGCAAUUGGUUACACCAUUGCAGCUUCUAUAAGCAUGAUGGCAAUUAAGCGGUCAGACUGUUUCCAUGAGAGUGGUGACAAGAACCCAUGUCCAAUGUCUAGCACUCCAUACAUGAUCAUGUUUGGGGUGGCAGAAAUUCUGCUUUCUCAGAUUCCAGAUUUUGAUCAAAUUUGGUGGCUUUCAAUUGUAGCUGCAGUCAUGUCUUUUACUUACUCGUCAAUCGGUCUUGGGCUUGGAAUUGCUGAAGUUGCAGCUACCGGGACGAUAAAGGGAACUCUCACCGGAAUAAGCAUCGGAACUGUAACACAAACCCAAAAGAUAUGGAGGAGUUUUCAAGCUCUUGGUGACAUUGCAUUUGCGUACUCAUUCUCAGUAAUCCUUAUUGAAAUUCAGGACACAAUAAAGUCACCACCAGCGGAAUCAAAGACGAUGAAGAAGGCAGCAAAACUAAGUAUUUCAGUAACAACAACUUUCUAUAUGCUUUGUGGGUGCUUCGGUUAUGCAGCUCUCGGAGAGCUUGCGCCUGGAAAUCUCCUAACAGGCUUUGGUUUCAAGCACCCAUUUUGGCUUCUGGACAUUGCCAAUGCCACCAUUGUAGUUCACCUAAUUGGAGCAUACCAAGUAUUUUGCCAACCCAUUUUCGCCUUCAUUGAAAAGAAAGCACAGCAACAAUGGCCUGAAGGUUACUUUAUAACCAAGGAAUUUAAUGUCCCAGUUCCAGGGUUCAGGCCCUAUAACCUCAAUCUGUUUAGAUUGGUCUGGAGGACAGUUUUUGUGAUCAUGACUACUGUUAUAUCAAUGUUGCUUCCGUUCUUCAACGAUGUCGUAGGGAUUCUUGGGGCAUUUGGGUUUUGGCCUUUAACAGUUUACUUCCCAGUGGAGAUGUAUAUUGCACAGAAGAAGAUACCAAAGUGGAGCACAAGAUGGGUUUGUCUCCAAAUGUUAAGUAUGGCAUGCCUAAUGAUUUCCAUUGUGGCUGGUGCUGGCUCAAUUGCAGGUGUUAUUCUUGAUCUUAAGGUCUACAGGCCAUUCAAGACAAGUUACUGAGAAUAACUGCAGAGAAGGAAACCUUAAAAAAAUUGAAAACUAGGGUUUCAUGUCCAUGAAAAAAGGACCCUCAAGCUUGGAGGUGUAAUGGUGUUGUUCAUUUGUAGUUUCAUGUUGGGUUGAAAUUGUUUCCCCCUCAUUUAUUUGUGUUCCUACAGUUGUUUUCUCAGUGUAAGUUGUAAUUAUGUUUGUGGACUCCAAAAUUAUGAAUCUCAAUCUCUUCCAUUCUCA